GCUGAAGCAGCUCGCAAAAACUGAUGACGUCACGUGAAAACCACCCUAAGGUUAUACAGUGUGUGUGUAUAUAUAACGGCAAGGCAACGCCAGCCCUGUAAACAUAUGUCAUAGGUACAGAAAGAACAGUGAGCCUGAGACGAGAGCAGGACAGCCAGUCCUCACUGCGCUGGUGACAGGCACUCAGUCCACGGACGUGUAUAGGUGGAUUGCUGUCUGUCUGCCGAGACCAAUGCUGAGCCUCUUGCGAAGAUCUGCGCUGUUAGUCUCGGCGAGCCUAAACAAUGAAUGUGACUAAACCGGAAGCUUUGUACACACCUGCCUCGUUUUAGUAGUUAUAACUGGUAAAAUCGUCUGCAAGCAGUCCAGUAAUAUGACUAGUGACUGCGUCCAUUCUUUGCAUUCCCAGAAUUUUUGUAGUGCCUUCCCCACCCUGCUUGACCAGCACGCAGGCACACUGUCAAUCCCUGGCGACUUUCUCCCUUCAAACUGUGUACAGGCACAGCUCUUUCAUAUCAUUUUCCCGUAGGACUGGUAGGUUUGCAGAUUCACAUGUAGUCUGGUUGUUUUGAAGGAUAUUGGUGUCGGUCUCCAGCUGGAAGUUGUAUAGGUCUUUGCAAUACUAAUUCCAUCGGUUGAGCACAGCACAAGCGCUAACAGUUCAAAAACUAAAACUGAGUAAUCCACUACCCACGCAUUCCUGUAGAUUCUACUGCCUAGCAUUAACAAGUUUCUUCUCUACCAACCACCUGGUUUCAUUAAUGGUCCUUGACCUGUACACCACUCUUUAGAGUUCUUAGAGCAAGCUAAGACAUGAAACAAUGUUUCUUGGAACGCUUCAUGUUCUUGGAUGGAUCCACUCGUGCAGACGACGUAUGGGAGGGAGGGAGGAAGCGGAAAUGUUCUCUCCCCUGCUCAUGCUGUCCAGAGUGUUUGUGCUUGGUUAUCGCGUCCACACUAAUGCUAUGUAUGCGUAAUGGUUUUGGGGUGAAAGAAAUGGCCACAGACUUUGAAGAAUAGCAGAAUUACAGCGAAGGAGGCAACAGUAAUGGAGGGAUGGAUACCCAAUCCAAAUGCAAAGCCAUUCAUCCCCAAGAAAAAGCGACUAUCAAGCAGAUUUCCAGGUCUCAUGAUAGACUUUAGACGACAGCGCUGUUUCACUAAAUGUGUUCAGGCUGGACUGGUUGUGGUGUUACUGGUUACAGUCGUCAUCAACAUUACCUUCAUUGUUGACACAAGUCGCAGGCUGAAAGACACUGCUCCACAGACAUCAAAAGAUGGAGUCAUUGUAAUGGGUGUGGACAGAAUUCCCAAACUAGGUAAUAAAGAGCGAACUGUAUCAGUGGAGGUCAUUUCCAGCAGGACCAUUUUUGUUUCUGUGGAUGGAACUACCGUUCUUCACGAUGAAGGAUUUGAAGUAAACAGAGGCAUUCAUGUGAUUGUACUAAACCAGGCCACAGGCAGUGUGAUGGCAAAGAGAGUGUUUGACACUUACAGCCAGCAGGAAGAUGACUCCAUGGUGCUGUUUUUAAAUAUGGUUUCCCAAGGUCGUAUUCUUGUCUUCACCAUCAAGGAUGAAGGGUCAUUUCAGCUGAAGCAAGGAGCACGAGAGUUUUUGAAGAACCUUGGUAGUGAGUUCAUUGCGAAGCUUGGCUGGCGAGACAUGUGGGCCUUUGUGACAAAGAAGGGAGGCAACAAAAUUGCAGAAGGUCAUAAUAAAUCUUCAAACCUGACAAGCUGGGGGGAAAAAGUUGUUUUGGAGACACAUAUACCCUUGUCUGAUGGAUCAGAAUCUGACUGUGAGUGGCUUAAUGAUGAAGUCUCCCGAAGAAGGCGGUCAUUCUGUAGCAAGGUUGAAGGGUAUGGCAGUGUCUGCGCAUGUGAUGAUCCAGCACCAAUCACAUUUUCACCUGAUGAGUUGCCUGGAAAUACCUUGAAAGAUGUCCCCGUUGCAGUUAUAGCAAGCGACAGACCUCACUACUUGUACAGAAUGUUGCGAACACUACUGUCAGCACCAGGCGCAGAUCCUAAGAUGGUGACUGUCUUCAUUGAUGGUUACUUUGAGGAACCGCUAGCUGUGACCCAGUUGUUUGGACUGCGAGGAAUUCAGCACACACCACUUGGUGUGAAGAAUGCACGGAUUUCUCAACAUUACAAGGCCAGCCUCACAGCCACCUUCAGCUUGUAUCCUGAAUCCGAGUUUGCCAUUAUUGUGGAGGAAGAUUUAGAUGCAUCCCCAGACUUUUUCAACUACUUCAGCCAGACCCGUCAUUUGCUGGAAACUGAUGAGAGCCUCUACUGUGUAUCUGCUUGGAACGAUCAGGGUUAUGAGCACUCAUGCAGAGACCCAUCAUUGGUGUACAGAGUGGAAACAAUGCCUGGACUUGGAUGGAUGUUAAGGAGAAAGUUGUAUAAAGAGGUGGAACCACAAUGGCCAAGUCCUGAGAAGCUGUGGGACUGGGACAUGUGGAUGAGAACAGGUUACAUCCGUAAAGAACGAGAAUGUAUCAUUCCUGAUGUCAGCCGCACAUUCCACUUUGGCUCAAAGGGUCUCAACAUGAAUCCAUACUUCCAGGAUCUCUAUUUUAAAAAACAUUCUAUUGUCACACAUGCUGGCAUCAAACUUAAAGACCUAGAUAAGAUGAAAAAAGAACCUUACGAGGAUCUUGUGAAACAGCUGCUCAGGUCAGCCAAGGUUCUAGACCACAGCCUUGAUCCUUGCAGUGAAGAGUUCAUUCCUCCCAAAGAGUCAAACAGCAAAGAUGAUCCCUACCUGAUGUUUAUGCACAUGGAGACUGCUACUGAUUACACUGUUUGGAAAUAUAUUGCUAAGUGCUAUCAUAUUUGGGAUCUGGAUGUGAGGGGCUUUCACAAGAGCAUGUGGCGAUUGUUUCUAAAAGGCAACCACAUUAUUAUGGUGGGACACCCAGCAUCUGUUUACUCGGAACUUAUGCCCUCUGACAUCCAGCCAAUCAGAGUCAACAUUACACAGCCUGCUAAAAGCUAGUCCAUCCUGAAAAUAAACCUACCUCUCUUGGUGGCCAGCUUUUUCAGUGUCAGUGUUACCAAGAUUGUACAUGCUCAUCCUUUCUGAAGACAUACAAUAUAAACUGGUUUUUUUUUAAAUUACUGUGGGUAAAAGUAGAAACAAGGGCUUUCUUUUUUUCAGAUAAUGUUUGAUAUGACUGGAGCUAUUGCUUGUCAUAUCUGUCAUGAGUAUUGUUGAUUGGUCUAGCUUAUUAUAUAUUCAUAAAAUGUAAAACGUAAAAUGCUGUGUUCUUAUUUUUUUGUGCAGAAUGAUGCAGAUAAAAAACCACUUGUGAGACAAUGCAUUUUGUAUUGUUGAGCACGUGUGGUGGCAUGUGGGUAUGAAUGGGAGACUGAUGGUAAUAUAAUUUAAUUACUAUAAAAAAAUGUGGUUAGGAAAUCAGGUGCAUUUGUCUUACUAUUUCUGAUUAUAGAGGCUGCUGGUUCAGCUAGUCAUGUGUGUGCAUGAAAUUCUUUACUUCGGAAUAACUGCCAGUCACUUUGAAAAGGAGAGAAAACUGUUGACAGUAGACAUGUACAGGAGCAUGGAGAUGUUAAAGCAAACUAAAAUAACAUGUAGCUGGAAGUAAGCACAUUAUAUUGCUGUUAAAAAGAUUGGGACCUCAGAUAAAGGACAGUGCAUGGUUAUUGAACUGUAUUUGUCAGUAAAUUUUGCAAAACUGUAUUAUAUAGUUUUCCUUCUUUUAUUAAACUAGUUUUGCAGCUCUUAAUUGUUUUUAUUAUUGUUAUGCCAUUGUGUAAGUCUAAAUGAGUCUACUUGUUGUUUGUAACUGUAUUCUUUUUACUUUUUACUUUUUACCACUUGACUAUUGUAUAUUUCAUGCUUGCCUACAUGUUUUGAUUUUUAAGUAUGAUUUUAUAUUUGUGUGGGUGGUAGAGUGUACAUCUCUGCGAAUGUGUUCAUGUAUACAAAUGCUUAUCCUUCAAGGUGCCCAGAAGUCUCACACCUUUGCUAAAGGAUAUACUGGAUGGCAAUAAUGACACUGGAUUUAUAAAGAAAAGUGUAAUUCUUUUUACAUGUUGUCUUACUGAUUUAAAUAAGUGUACAUAACUAGAUGUUUGGAUGCUAGCAGAAAGGAUGAUGUUCACCCAUGCAUUUUUUUUGGUAAAAAAAAGGAUCUGCUGAUUUUUGAAACAUUUUUAUAUUUUUUGUUUGUUUGCAGAUUUACUUUUUAUGUAAACUUAUAAUUAACCUUACACAUUUUUUUUGUACUUCACCAUUGUAUAUUCCCAUAUAAACACAAGCUCAGCAACAUACCCAUAAUACUUAUGAAAAGCACACUAAAAUACUGUGUAUAAUGCUCCUUACUGUAACUUGUGUAUAUGCACUCUUUGUAUAAAGGUACAAUUUUUUUUUUAUCAAGUGAUCCAUAUAGAAUCCAGGGGAGGUGUCCAGGGUCAAUGAAACAUAAAUUUUUACGUCUGAGAACACAACAAUGAAAAGACUUUUAAUUUCACUGAGAAAAAAAGAUUCUUGUUUCAUUGAUAUGAUCACUGCCGGUAUACAUAUUGCUAUUUAUUCCAUAAUAUAAUUCCUUUUGUAUGCAGUGCUGGCUGUAAGUAUGAAUCAGCAAAACAGAUCUGCCUGUACAUGUCUCUAUGUACAUGUGUGUGUAUGCAUGUCCAGUGUGGUAUGUGAAGUGUCUUCAACCGACUUUCAAAUUAAUAUUGUUAGCAUGGUUGUGAAUAUAAAAGAAAGAUUGGGGCUGUUAUUGGUCUAGUCUUUUAUUAGUGACAUUUCACUUGUUUUUCUCUAUUAUUUAGUAACUGUACUGUAAAAAUAAAAAUUAUUAAGUGGUAUAAGUUCAAAGUUUGGGGCACAAUACAUUUCCUGUGAUCAUUCACCAUGAAAUGUCAAGAUAAUCUUGUUAUUAAUGACGACUGUUCAAUUUGAAAUAGUGUUAUUGCUAGUCAUCAAACCUGGGAAAGUUUGUGACCUAGCACAUGAAAAACUACUAUUUUUGUAGAUUUUUAAGGUUUGUGUUGUACACAGAUACAAACAUAUCAAUGAACCAUUCAGCACUACCACUUUUGUAUGUGUUAAUAUGGUUGAAAGUAUGCAGCAUAUUGAGAACUUGGUGGGAGUAACUGUUGUUAAUCUGAAGACAGUUUUUAAGAAAUACAGUGUCAUAAAAAAUGUUUCGUUAGGAGAACUUCAAUUUCUGGGGUUUUUUUGUUUUUUUAGUAUUAUAAUUGUGCUCUUUGAAAUUGUAGAAUCAAUUUCCUAACUGAAGAAUGAUGAAAUGUUUGAUGGCAACAUAUUUUAUAUGGAAUAUCAUUGUCUUGUUCAGUCAGCAUUGAGAACACAUGCCAAGUGUAUUUUGCUUUUGUGGUUGAUGUUUCUGAGCAUAAAACCAGUGGCAAUGUAAUAAACUGAUUUGGGUA